AUGUUAUCUGAGCUAAAUGUGGACGCCUAUCUCUGGUCGGAUGCGGCAUCUCAAGUGGAUUUCUAUUGCAUUUUGUCCAGAACCCCAAAUUUCUAUGACGGUUUGCUUAUCCGUCUGCCCAGCUCCCUAACUGCCAGCCCCCCAAAGUUGUACUGGUUUAUUCAAAUUGCCGAAUACCCCCGCCCCCCACUUUCAUCAUCGCAAACCCUUUUCCUCCGGUUAGUGGCAGAUCCCUGCUCCAUGCGUAUCCUUUUUGCUGGUCAUGCUCUAAUAUUUUCUCCGAUUUUGCUUAGGCAGUAG